AACCAGUUUCUGUCUAGCUAAUUAAGAGCUGGAACAACGGAUCUUCCUUAUCCUUAUAUUGUUCAAAGGUCGUCGUCAACCAUCAUACAUAUAUACCAUCGGAGCCAUUGAUGAAAGCUUCAAUUAUUUGGCUUCACCUUAAUUUGAUCUUCUCCUCUCUCUGCCUUAGAGGUCUGCAGUUUCGGUUCUAAUGGCGGAAUUCUUGGGCAAUCCUUUCUUCAGCUGCAGAAACUGCCGGAACCCUCUCGCCCUCCGGGAGGACCUCCUUAACAAAAAUUUCCUGGCGAAAACCGGUCAAGCUUACUUGUUCACGAAUGUGGUGAACAUAGCGCUCGGAAGGAAAGAGGACAGACAGUUGAUCACCGGGAAGUUUGCGAUUGCGACCAUCUAUUGCAGCAACUGCGGAGUGGAACUCGGAUGGAAGUACCUGGCUGCUUACGACGUGAAGCAAAAGUACAAGGAAGGAAGGUUCAUAAUCGAGAGGUCCAAGAUUGUCAAAGAGUAUUGAUGGACAACCUAGUUCCCCGUAUUCUGGCAUCACUCGGUCUCGCCUAUGUAUAUUCAUCUUUGUUCGUCCCCGACAGUAAUACGGCCGCGAGUGGACUUUAUUUCUCAUUUUCGGCACGUCUCGUGUGUAUGCAAUCUUCACUUUAUAUACAUCGAUUUCUUUCAAACCGGCCAUGAGCUGUCUUUUGCUGCUCUCGAGGCUGACUAAGCAGAUUCUUGCUCUCGAGGCUUCGUGCGAUUCAGCUGUCCCGUUUAGCUUUGCAACUCGUUUUAACUUGUACUUUGAUAUUAGCUUGAUCAAUGGUGAAGUGAAAUAGACGGCUGAUCAUUUUCCAUGCU